AGAUGGUUCAGCGAUUAUUGUAGUCAGUAGCAUCCACUUUGGAGCACAUCCCAACGCCAUUUCUGCUUUCCACUCGCCCCACCAAAAGAUGCUUCCUCCUCCCCUGCUCCGCUCCGCUUCCGCGCCUUCGCCGAGUGUUCAUACCCUCACCUCCCCGGUGAGGCGGUAACCCCAAGACAUCGCCCCUUCGUCCCCGAGCCUCUGUCAGAAUCUGAAGACGCGGAAAGAUUCCGAAGCCCGAGGCUUCCGUCCUUCUGACUCAUAGUACGAACCCUCGACAACAAGUCCUGCUCAUAUUUCUUUAAUUCCUUGUUUUUUUUUUCCUUUUUUUCUCCUCUCACAGAAAAAUUAGAAAAUAAUUAAUUUCCAUUUCCAUAAAACCCCAAAUAAAUGAGAUGGAUGUGGUCACCUUCGGAGUCAUAGUGGGCAUCGUCGUCCUCUUCUUCGUCGUGGUCUUCUUCGUCACCAUCGAGGGCGUUUGCCGCCAGUCCUCCAGUUAAAACCCCUCCUAAUCAAAUGCUUUCCUCCUUUCCGUCCCGGCGGCGCCACCUCCUCCUCCUUCUCGUCAUCUCCGCCGCCGCGGCCCCUCUCGUCGCCGCUCACGGGGAGCACUCGCCGGCCUGCCCCUUCUCCACCCCCGCCGGAUCCGACCGCGAGGACCACCAUCACCAUCACAACCACGACCAUGACCACCUUCACCUCCAUGAUCAUCACUUUGAACACCGGCGGGAGAUGCGGUCGGCCAUGCUGCCGGAGGAGCUGGCUGAGGAGGAGGAUCUGAUGCUCGAGGGAUUCGAUCACCACCACCACCACCACCAUCAUGAUCAUGGUGAUCGUCGUAACGAGCUGUCACCAAUAGGUAUUUGGGUGCGGGCGAUGGGGUGCUCGUUGCUGGUGAGCUUGGCGUCCCUGAUCUGCCUCGCGAUCUUGCCGGUGAUAUUACUGCAGGGGAAGCUGUCCAAGAGUUUGGUGGAUUCUCUGGCUGUUUUUGGGGCAGGGGCAAUGCUAGGCGAUGCUUUUCUUCAUCAGCUGCCACAUGCUUUUGGUGGACAGCAUUCUCAUUCACAUGAGCAUCAUGAACAUCAUCUUGAACAUGGACAUUCACAUUCUCAUUCUUUAGAAGAUCUUUCUGUUGGAUUAUCCAUUUUGGGUGGAAUUGUACUUUUUUUCCUCGUAGAAAAGGUCGUAAGAUAUGUGGAAGAUAAUUCUGUAAAAGGAGCUUAUGGGAUGGGGCAUGGACACCACCACCACCACCAUAAACACCAUGACAAACUGAAAGAUGACAGUGAGAAUCAUGAUGACUCAAAUUCGAAGCUUGAUGAACCAAAGGACACAUUAAAUGAUGCACAUCAUGGCUGCCAAAAUGAUGAAAAUCACACCGAACAUGAAACCCUUCUUCGGAAGCGAGCCACGCGUAGUGGUGCUACAAAUGAUGAUAAAGAGGAUCUAAAUGCUGGAAAUGGUCUUACAACAAAGAAGUCAUCCUUGAACAGUACAACUCCACCAUCAAAUUUGGUGUUUGGCUACCUGAAUCUUUUUUCUGAUGGUGUUCACAACUUUACCGAUGGAAUGGCUUUGGGAAGUGCAUUUUUACUUCAUGGCUCAGUUGGAGGGUGGUCUAGAACAUUAUUUCUGCUUGCACAUGAGCUUCCUCAAGAGGUUGGUGACUUUGGAAUCUUGGUGAGAUCAGGAUUCUCUGUGUCCAAAGCUCUCUUCUUCAAUUUCCUCUCGGCAUUAGUAGCACUGGCUGGAACUGCAUUGGUGAGCUCACUAUUUUCUUUUCGUUUUAGGAAUAAUGAUUCAUGUGAAACAAAAUCUUACUUAAUGUUUCUGAAUUUUCUGCAGGCUCUGGUUUUGGGGAAAGAUCCAGGACAGUCUUCUUUGAUCGAGGGAUUUACUGCUGGUGGUUUCAUAUAUAUAGCAGUUGCAGGCGUCCUCCCACAGAUGAAUGAUGGAAAGACAACGUUCAGAAGCACUGCAACUCAGUUAACUUCUCUAAUGUUGGGAAUGGCCGUUGCCCUUUGUAUCUCCCUCAUCGAGUGAUCGUGUUCCUCCAUAGUUCUCAUGUUAAAAUCUAAAACUAUUUAGUGUUAUCAUAUUUUAUUCGUACGAGAUAUAAAAUGAAUGGAAGUUUCCGUUGCCUUGAUGCAAUCAUACAAGCUUCAGCUUUAUGUAAAACUAUUUAGUGUGAUCAUAUUUUAUUUGUGCAAGAUAUAAAAUGAAUAGAAGUUUCGGA